AUGUCAAAUAAUAGAAAUGAAGAAAUAAUAAAAUAAGAAAUUGAAAAUGAAAAGCUGGCUUAAGAAAAUAAAUUUUUGAAUCAAGAACUAUCUAAAGUCCUUAGCCAAUAAAAGUAUGAUGAUAAAACCUUAAAGAUUAUUAUUAAGAUGGAAAAAUAUAAAUAGAAAGAAUCAAGUGAAUUGAAGUUUCGUCUAUUUCCCGAAGAAAAAGUUUUAGAGAUAUCAGGACUUAUAUAAGAAAGAGAUUAAGCAUAAUAAAAUUAAUACUAUGUUUUUUUUUAAAAAUUGAACCUGGAAAGCAAAGUUACUGGUAAGCCAAAAAUCACACAGAAAGAAAGCAGUAUUGAAAUUAUUUUUGAUAUAAAAAAAUUUUGA